AUGGCGGCGGCGCUGAAGCGCUGCCUGGUGCGGCGGAGGGACGGGCGGCAGCAGCACGGCGUGGCCGCCUCCUGCCUGCGGGAGCUGCGCGACAAGGCUAGUGGCAUUCUGGCUAUUGACAAAGCCGGGGAGCCCAUCACCUUAGUACUGGCAGAAGAUGGCACCAUUGUGGAUGAUGAAGAUUACUUUUUGUGUCUGCCAUCUAACACCAAGUUUGUGGCACUGGCCAAGAAUGAGAAAUGGUCCGGCAAAAGCUUAGACAGUGGAACAGCCUGGCUCUCGGAGUCUGUGGAUGAAGUGGACAGUGCUGCAGAGAAGUGGAAGCAGUUGGCCAGGCAACUGAAGGAUGACCUGUCUAAUAUCAUCUUGAUGUCUGAGGAAGACCUCCAGGUGCUCAUUGAUGUACCACGUUCAGACCUGGCAGAAGAACUUGCCCAAAGUCAAACCAAAAUCCAAGUAUUGCAGGACACCCUGCAGCAGGUGCUGGACAGACGAGAAGAAGAACGCCAGUCAAGACAGCUCCUGGAACUCUACCUAGAGGCCUUGAAAAAUGAAGACAGUAUCUUAAGCAAAGUAGCAGAAUCUGAGACUGUACCAAGAAAGGAGAUGGAUGUGGUUGACACAGGUACCAGCAGUACAGGCACUUCAGCCAAAACGGCGCUCAGUGACCAGAUCCUUGCUGCUCUGAAAGAGAAACCUGCUCCAGAGCUCUGCUUGGACAGUCAAGAUCUAGAGCUGGUCUUGAAAGAAGACACAGAAGCCCUGGCCUCGGCUUUAAGAUGGGACAAGCAGAAAGCUGAAGCUCUGCAGCAAGCCUGUGAUCAGGAGCUCUCCAAGCGUCUACAACAAGUGCAGACUUUGCAUUCCCUAAGGAGCACAUCAAAGGGCAAGAAAACACUACCCUGGGGAGACUGGCUUAGUUCAAAACGCAAAAAAUAAGUGCUGCUUGCCUUUUUUUUUUUUUUUAUUAGAAUCAAUACAAGCAAGAUAUAUCCUGGGAGCCAUAGUUUGCUGGUCAUACUGUGGUCUGGCUAUAGACAACUAAAAUCUGGACAUUGUCCUGAGGCUUAAACUCCUGUGAUGAUUCAAGUCAUGUGUAACCAAAGGGAUUUUGACUUUUUGCAGAAUACUAGAACAAUGGUACUGCUUAACACAGCAUAUAUGGGUUCAGCUUUGAAUACCUGGUUGGGAGCCAGAAGCUUCCAUCUGAUAAUGAUGGAUCUAGCUUCUGAAGCCCCAGGCAGUUUGCUUACUUUGUCCUCCCACCAUUUGCAAUGUAAAGGAUGGAAGACCCUGUGGAAGACACUUUGAGGCACAGUUAAUGAACAGAAAGAACACACUUGGAAGAUUGCUCACUGAACACAGAGUGCUCAUUCUUCGGUAGGGUUUGUUGUGGUUUGGCCUAGUUAAGCUGUAUUGUGCAGUUUUUCCAGCUGCUGUCUGGCUUUAAGCUCCAGCCUGGGAUCUAGGAACUUGAAUUCUCAUGCUAAUUUCAUCAGUUAAAGUAAAUUCACAGCCCUUUAACUUCUGUGCUUUUUCUGUAAGGAAUUCCUGCCUCUUGGGUGCAGUGUAAGCAUUAACUUAUAAAACACAGCAAAGGUGGAAAUACUUGCUUUGUAAGGCUGUGGGGCAGAAGACUGGUAUUUGGCCUGUCUGUAUUACUCUCCUAAUCAAUAGUGUAGUAUCAUGAUGCUUUUGUAUUAACUGGCUUUUUUUAAAAUUUGUUAAAGUAUUUUUUUUCUAAUAUCAUUAAAACCUUUUUACCUUA